AAAUUUGUCAGUAAACUGAGGAAAUGUUCUUCAUUUAAUCCAGAUUAUGAUAUGGGUCAACUGCGUUACUGUUGGAGGCCAUGUUUAAAGAUGCUUAAGGAACAAAAUACUAGAAAGUAAUGAGUGUGUUUCAAGGCAAAUGACCCCACAUGUGCCUCUGAAAAUUGUUAUCUCUCUCUCUCUCUCUCUCAGAGCUGCCAUUAAUUGUAAACCAGCGUUGCGUUGGGUUUUUCAAUUUCUCUUAAGCCCCGCAGGCUCAGGCUGGCUUUAUGGCAAAUGGGUCUCGCGUGGACAUUGCUUUCAGCACUACUCUUAGUUUUAACGCAACGAGUGACUCCUUCGUGCUCUUUUUUUUAAUCGCUACUAUGAGUGGUUUUUGGUUUUGGUCCCUUCUUCCCCAUUGGUGUUUGGAUUUUGGAAUCUUCUAGGUGAAUUUUAGAGGCUGAAAAUCAAUUUGACAGUGAUUGACUAGUUUAAAGGAAUACCCAUUUGUGUACUGAGUUGUUUUUGUAAGAGAAACUAGUCAACGAGCUACAUUGCAGCUGAUUUAGGAAAUUUGAGCUUUGGGUUUCUAGGGUUCUCUGCUGAUUUCGGCCUUGGGACGAGUAAUUUGGCAGGCGGUUUGCUUCAGUUUCUGUUUAUACAAGCUUCUUAGAGAAACUUCCAAGUGGAAAGAUGGCUUGCGUGAAGCUAGGAUCCAAAAAUGAUGCAUUCCAGAGGCAAGGACAGGCUUGGUUCUGCACUAGUGGACUGCCUAGUGAUAUUAUUGUUGAAGUUGGAGAGAUGUCAUUCCAUCUACACAAGUUCCCUCUGCUAUCGAGAAGUGGGGUUAUGGAAAAAAUGGUUGCUGAAGCACCGGAAGAUCAAGAGGAACGAGGUGUAAUAAAGAUUCCUGACAUUCCAGGGGGUGCCAAAACAUUUGAAAUGGUUGCCAAGUUCUGCUACGGGGUGAAACUUGAACUUACAGCUUCAAAUGUUGUCUACCUCCGCUGUGCAGCUGAGCGCCUGGAAAUGACUGAGGAGUAUGGGGAGGGUAAUCUCAUUUGUCAGACUGAGGCCUUCCUGAAUCAAGUUGUCCUCAAAAGCUGGAAGGACUCUUUGAUAGCACUACAGACCUGCGAUGAUAUUCUCUCUUAUGCAGAUGAACUCCAGAUUACUAAAAGAUGUAUCGAGUCACUAGCUAUUAAAGCAUCAACUGACCCAAGUUUAUUUGGGUGGCCAAUUGUAGAGCAUGGAGGACCCAUGCAAAGUCCAGGUGGCAGUGUUUUGUGGAAUGGCAUAAGUACAGGAGCUAGGCCAAAAAAUUCAAGUCUGGAUUGGUGGUAUGAGGAUGCGGCAACCUUGAGCUUACCUCUUUACAAGAGGCUAAUUUCUGUCAUGGAAUCACGCGGUAUCAAACAGGAAAUUAUUGCAGGGUCUGUCACUUCCUAUGCUAAAAGGUACAUUCCCGGUCUAAAUCGGCGUCAAGGUCCUAGUGAAUCGAGUAGCCGAUUGGCACCAGUGGCUUUGGGGACCCCACCCUCAGAAGAUGAACAGAAACUUUUACUGGAAGAGAUUGAUAGGAUGCUUCCAAUGCAGAAGAGCCUGGUUCCAACUAAGUUGCUUUUUGGUUUGUUGCGUACAUCCAUGAUUCUUCGGGUCAAUCCCUCUUGCAUCUCAAACUUAGAGAAAAGGGUGGGGAUGCAGCUUGAUCAAGCCACUUUAGAAGAUCUUUUGAUGCCCAAUUUCUCUUACUCCAUGGAGACACUUUACAAUGUUGAUUGCGUACAAAGGAUUCUUGAACACUUCCUCGCAGUGGAUCAGAUCGCUCACGGGGGUGCCUCUCCAUGUUCUAUUGAUGAUGAACAACUGAUAGGGUCGCCCUCUUUGCCACCAAUUACCAUGGUUGCAAAGCUGAUAGAUGGAUACCUUGCAGAAGUUGCUCCCGAUGUCAAUUUGAAGCUUCCUAAGUUUCAAGCUCUUGCGGCUGCAGUUCCUGAUUACGCUAGACCUUUGGAUGAUGGUCUUUAUCGUGCCAUAGACAUAUAUCUGAAGUCACACCCAUGGCUGGGAGAAUCUGACAGAGAACAACUAUGUCGACUGAUGGACUGCCAGAAGCUUUCCUUAGAAGCUUGUACACAUGCUGCACAGAAUGAGAGGCUACCCCUCAGAAUUAUCGUUCAAGUACUCUUUUUCGAGCAGCUUCAGCUCAGGACCUCAAUUGCUGGCUGUUUUCUGGUUUCAGACAAUCUUGAUGGAUCCAGACAGUUGAGAAGUGGGAUUGUUGGAUCCAAUGAAGGAGGUUGGGGAACGGCUGUUAGAGAGAAUCAGGUUUUGAAGGUGGGGAUGGAUAACAUGAGGAUGCGGGUAUCCGAGCUCGAGAAGGAAUGCUCAAACAUGAGGCAAGAGAUUGAGAAAUUGGGGAGAACAAAGGGUUCAAGCGCAUGGGGAAACAUGUCUAAGAAAUUUGGAUUCAAGUUGAAAUCUCAAAUGUGCAGUGCUCAAGAGGGUUCAGUCAGUAACCAAUAUAAUGGGAAUAGGAAAACAGAGAAGUUGAAGAACAGCCAAGGAAAGCAGAAGAGGACAGCUGCAAUUUCAAAUGAGUAGAAAGACCCGUUCUUUUACCACUUUGCUUCUUUAUUUGUUUCACAGUGUCCUUAUUGCUAGUGAUGUUGCUGCUUGUACUUCCUAAAGAAAAAUAGAAAAGACAAAAGAGGUACAUUGCUUGUCCCUAUCUUGCAUCUGUUUAUAUUAUUCAUUUUGUUACACAACCAUCCUAUCCAACCCAUUUAUUUGGGGAAAGACAAAUCUCAAUGUUGUAUGUUGGUAUUUAGUUGCAAAACACCUUGAGAAAUGAAUCUCUUCUAUAAUAAUAGGUGACAGGUGACAACAA